AUGAAGCUCAAGCUCAUCCGCUUGUGAGCCUCACCGACACACACACACACACACACACUGCCUGCAUCAUUGUGAGUGACCACCUUCCAUCCACUUGCAGGGAGCGGGAGCUCAGGGAGCAGGAGCUGAAGCAGCAGAAAGGACUCGGCCACAAGCUUCUGCGAUGGGGAGGGAUGCGGUGCGCGAUGGGGAGGGAGGGAGGGAGGGAGGGAGGCAUGCUUGACAUGUCACCGCUCCCCCACCCCUCCACCGUGUGUGUCAGCGCUCAGUCGGCCGUGUCGGCUACAUCCACCCGCACUCGCAUGACCAAGGACCCUGAGCAGGUGGUGUUCGUCAUUGCCGACCGAGAGGACGGUCCCGUCCAUACGUCCGGCCACGUUUACGCCAUGCAGCCCGACACAAAGGAAAUCCACAAACUCGAAAUCGUCGGCAGGGAGAGGGAGGAGGGAAUACACCCAGGCAGGCAGGCAGGCAGGGAUGUCCGUGUGGUGUGUGUGGCGCAGGGGUCGGUCAAGAGCGGCCAGCCCGGCGCGUCGUUUCGCGAGCCCAAGAUGACCGACAUAGCGAUGGGGCCCGACGGAGGCCUGGUGCUCGGUGUCAACGGCGACGUGUACAGAUUUGGUGGGCGGGGCGGGCGGGACACACAGCGACGGACGGUGUGUAUGUGUGUCUGUGUGUGGUGCUGUGGUGGUUUCUCGCGUCAGAUGCCGCUCUGUCUUCGAUUCUCGGUGCUGCACAAACACGUACCAUUCCUCACCCUACCAUGUGUGUGCCGCCCGGUGUGUGCGUCUUGUCUUCCCUCUGCACUGCAGUGAAGGUGCCCGAGCUGCGCCUCAAGAUGAUCAAGGUCAAACAUGCACUGCACUCAACAAAAGCCCAGACACAGAUGGUACCAAAGGCCCUACUUGUGCGUGUGGUGCUCGUCGCGUGUGUCAGAUCGCCUGUGGUGACAAUCACUGCGCGGCACUGUCGCAAUUCGGCGCGUUGUUCCACUGGGGCGCGUACAAGGUGGGCGACCAAACAUACCACACACCUCACACACCCCACACACCCCACACCCCCACACACACGAGUGUAUGCUGUCAUGUCAGUAUCUGGCGAGCCAGGGCAAGUCCGGCUUCCGGCGUUCGUGCGUCGUCGUCCAGGGCCUGCCCCCCGACAUGUCCGAGCAGAAGCUACUCGAAUUCCUCUCGAAGAAGCUCACCAAGGGCGGCUUCUUCUCGACGCUGCGAAGCUGCCAGAUCGAGGCACCAGGGUGAGUGAGUGAGUGAAUGAGUGGAUGGGUGGGUGGCGAAAGACACAAACAACGCUUAGAUCGAUGGAUGGCUGGUUCUCUCUUUCGUUCAGGUCUGCGGAGCUGUGGUUUCAGGAUGACUCGGUGUUGAAUGACGUGGCCGUCAUCCUGGACGGCACCAUAUACAAGACGCAUCAGGGAGUCCCCUUCCCCUUCGACGACGAGGAGGUGAGGUGGCCACCGACACACCGACAGAUGGAUGGAUGGAUGGAUGGAGCCACACCUCUCUCUGUGCGUGUGUUUCGUGUCUGUGUCUGUGUGUGUCUGUGUGUGUGUGUGGCCAGGAGAACCGUCUGCGGUCGUGGGUGAAGUCCGUUACUGUGCCGUACCAGGACACCCCCUUCAUGGGGCUGGCAAGCGUCGCAGGGAAGCCCAUUGUCGAUCUCGUCGCAGGCCGCAACCACAUUGUCAUGCGCACCGAGAUUGGACUCGUAAGCACCUCACCUCACCGCAAUACAAGACGACGCUACACAAGACCCAUGUCGCUCCUUCUUGGUGGUCGUUCUUGAUGCAGGUCUGUGUGUUGGGCAGUGGCGAGCUGGGCCAGCUGGGCAGGCCCCCGUACACCAGAUUGCACGACUGGAACCUCUUCCCAGAAGUAUUCGACCUCAACGAAAGUAGCAUCCGCUUGUAAGCGGGAGGGAGGCAGGCAGGGAGAGAGGGAGAGAGGGAGAGGGGUAUGUGUGUGUGUGUGUGUUUGUGUGUGUGUGUGAAGCAUCAAGAAUGAGGAGGACGUCCCUGGCAAGAUCGUCAAGGUCCACGCGUCACACGACAACACCAUUCUGAGCGUCCAGCACGGCGACCAAAUCGACAACUAUGUGUACACACCGACACAUACCGACACACACCACACCCAACGAACCGACACACAGACACACAUGGCAGGUGUGGGCCCAACGACGAAGGGCAGGCUGGAGUUGGAUACAAGAGCGACAUCCUCACGAGAUUCACCAAGAUGGUGCCACUCGCCGGCGUAGACGUACGUGCAAACACGCUAUGCACCCAUGUAUAUGUAUGUGUAUGUGUGUGGGGGUGCGGUGCAGAUUGUUGACGUCACGGGGGACAGUUCCAGCAAGGUCGCGCGAGGGGCUGAUGGCUACCUCUACUACUGGGGCAAAGGUGCGUACGCACGGCAUGGCACACCAGUGGUGUGGAUGUAUGUGUGUGUGUGUGUGUGUGUGCGACUGUCCAGGCAUUGGCCCUUAUGGUGCGUUAGUGACCGAGUUGACGCCCAAGAGGCUGAAGCUCUUGGUGGGGCAACACACCCAAACACACCCACACCCACACCGACACCCACACAAACACGUAGAUAGGGCAGACGCAUAUAUACUUCCUUCUGUGGGUGCGGUCCGUGUAUCAGGGUGGAGGUGGCGACCAGUUUUGCAGUAUUGGUGCCGGUGCUGGCCUCAAGAUGGCCACUAACGCCCAGGGAGACCUCUUCGCCUGGUACGCGCGAAAACACACGCACACACGUACGUGCCAGCAUCCAUCUGAUGUGUGUGUGCGGCAGGGGCACUAUUGACUACGGCAUAUAUCGCGUCGACAAGCCCAAGGAACUCUCAAUAGUCAAGGUACGUACGUACAGACCCCCGUGCCAUCGAUCCUCUGUGUCACCAUCAAUCAGGCCGACGCUACAAAGACCGACCUACCUGUGGGUACUGGUGGGACAGGUGCGCUCUCACGGACAGACAGACAGGCAGACAGGCAGACACACACAGACAGCUCUCGGCAUGUGCCUGCAUCAGGGUCACUGUCGGCCUCUGCUGCCGAGACGCCUCGCCCGUCAUCCCGCCCUAACAUCACAGGGGUCUUCCGCCGCCUCCGCAGCAUGACGCGAGCCUCGACCAGCAGCAGUUCGGCCACCAUCGAGCAGCUCCCAUGA